AUGGCGUCCCAAUCACCUACAGGUAUGUAUUUAACUAUAGAUGUUCAUUACAGUGGAGUAUUUGCCCGAAAUCCGUUGAAAUACUUAGACCUCGAAAAGAUAACAGUGCGUGAUGUCGAUUUUGGAGGGUUUUCCUACAAAGAGUUUCUUUUGUGGCUUAGGAAUUUAACAAAUGGAAGUUGUGAUAAUGUGUACUACUGUAGUAGAAAGGAAACCUUAGGUGAGGGUAUUAUAAGAAUCGAUAGUGAUGCUGAUUAUUGGGAGUUUGUUGAAGCUACUUAUACUCCUGAAGCUGAGUUGGAUGUCUACAUUGACCAACAAAAUGAUCCAAUCUUUGAUUGGGCUGAAAAUGAGGUGUUAUCAUAUGGUAAUGGGUAUGAUAGUGAAGAAGAGGAUGGGAAUGUAGAAGAGGAUGAGAAUGUAGAAGAGGAUGAUAGUGAAGAAGAUGAUAACUUGGAUGGUAUUAUGGCAUAUGAGCAUGAAGAGGAUGAAGAAGUCCAUACCUUUAACAAAAAUGUUGGUGAUGAUUUUUUAAACAAACUUUCAGGUAAGCUUAGUGAUGAUGAUGAACCUAAUGAUGGAAAAGAUGAGAAGGUUGUAUUCCCUGUCCAUGAUGAGAACCAAGCAUGGGAUAAGAUGAUGCCAAUUCUAGGUAUGAAGUUUGCAAACCCAAUGCAAUUGAAGCUAUGUCUAACCAAUUAUGCAGUGAAGAAUGGGUAUGACUUGUGGUACGAAAAAAGGGAUCAUAACAGAGGUCAGUUGCUUGCUGCAGUAGGCAGGGAUGCAAACAACCAUAUCUACCCUCUUGCUUGGGCUGUGGUUGCAGUUGAGAGUAAGGAAACAUGGAAGUGGUUUGUUGACCUUCUCCUUGAUGACAUUGGAAUGGGAAAUGGACAUGGGUUGACAUUAAUAUCAGACCAGCAUAAAGGAUUACUUGAGGCUGUCAAGGAAAGGGUACCUGCAGCAGAGCAUAGACAAUGUAAAGUGAAGGUUGAAUUGAAUCAAGAAGUUGAUUUGGAAAGUGAUAGUGACAGUGAAGUUCAAAGGGAGCCUGAUAGUGAGGUGGAGUCUUAUGAAGUUGAUUAUGAAGAGGGUAAUCAUACAUAUGAAGAUGUAGACCAACUUGAGGUUGAAGCUAAAGAACAGGUUGAAGUUAGAGGGGUUGAAGAACAGGUUGAAGUUGAAGAACAUGUUGAAGCACUUGUUGAAGUUGAAGUUGAAGAAGGUGAAUACCAGGCUGGAGAUGUAGAUCAAGUUGAACAGGUUGAAGUUGAAGUAAUUCAAGAUCCAGUUGGACAAGAUGACCAAGGACAGGCUACAGUCCAAGAUCCAGUGGAAGAGGAACAUAUGAUGGAAGUACCAGCAUUUCAGGUUCUACAGGGAAAGAGAAGAAGGAAACCUUCAGAAAGAAUCACAAAAAUUCAAAUAAGAAAGAAGUGGGAGGGAAAAGAGGGGAGUAGUUGUGAUAAACCAAUGGAAUUGGAUUAG